UCUUCCGCUCCCCUCGCCCCGGCAUGGAGCUUUUCCAAGCCAAGGACCACUACAUCCUGCAGCAAGGAGAGUGGGCGCUCUGGUGUAGCCGCGCCGACGGCAGCCUCCAGCUCCGGCCGGCUACUGACCUCCUUCUGGCUUGGAAUCCAAUUUGUCUGGGCUUGAUCGAGGGACUUAUUGGAAAAGUUCAGCUACAUACAGAUUUGCCUUGGUGGCUGCUUCUGAUUCGCCAAAAGGUAGUAGUCGGCAAGCUUCCAGGAGAUCAUGAAGUAUGUAAAGUAACAAAGAUUGCAGCAGUACCACUCUCUGAAGCAGAGCCUCAGGAUCUGGAGCUAGAGCUGUGUAAAAAACAUCAUUUUGGAAUAUACAAACCAGAGAAGAUCACACAGUCUCCAGAUGACUCUAAAUUUCUGCUCAAGACCUUCACUCAGAUUAAAUCAAAUGUUUCUGCUUCUAAUAAAAAGAAGGUUAAAGAAAGUAAAGAGAAAGAGAGACUGGAGAGGCGGUUGCUAGAAGAACUAUUCAAAAUGUUCAUGGACUCGGAUUCUUUUUAUUACAGUUUGACUUAUGACCUAACAAACUCUGUUCAAAGGCAAAGUGCAUGUGAGAAGGCCAACUUGCCACUUUGGAAGAAGGUUGAUGACAGAUUCUUUUGGAACAAACACAUGAUUGAAGACCUGAUAAACAUUGGUAAAUCUGAAGUUAAUUCUUGGAUUAUCCCAGUCAUCCAAGGAUUUGUUCAGAUUGAAGAACUUGUAGUUAAUUAUAAUGAAGCAUCUGAUGAGGAGAAAAGCAGUCCUGAGACUCCACCUCUAGAGUCUGUUUGUGUGGAUGAUAUACACCCAUGUUUUCUUGUGGCACUUAUCUCACGCCGAAGCCGCCACAGAGCUGGGAUGCGUUACAAACGAAGAGGGGUUGAUAAAAAUGGGAAUGUGGCAAAUUACGUGGAGACUGAACAAUUGAUUCAUGUCCAUAACCACACCCUCUCUUUCGUUCAGACAAGAGGCUCUGUGCCUGUGUUCUGGAGUCAGGUUGGUUAUAGGUACAAUCCCCGGCCACGACUGGACAAAUGUGAAAAGGAAACUAUCCCUUAUUUCUGUGCUCAUUUUGAAGAACAAUUAAAAAUUUAUACAAAACAGAUUAUCGUUAACUUGGUGGACCAGGCUGGACGAGAGAAAAUUAUUGGUGAUGCUUACCUUAAACAGGUUUUACUGUACAACAACUCAAGCCUUACAUACGUAUCAUUUGACUUCCAUGAACACUGCCGUGGAAUGAAGUUUGAAAAUGUUCAAACGUUAACAGAUGCCAUUUCAGACAUCAUCACUGAUGUGAAGUGGUGCUGGGUGGACCAAGCUGGUGUGAUUUGUAAGCAGGAAGGAAUUUUCCGGGUUAACUGUAUGGAUUGCCUAGAUCGAACCAAUGUUGUCCAAGCUGCUAUUGCCCGUGUAGUUAUGGAACAGCAGUUGAAAAAGUUGGGUGUGAUGCCACCAGAACAACCAUUGCCAGUGAAAUGCAAUCGAAUCUACCAGAUCAUAUGGGCUAACAAUGGUGAUGCCAUAAGCAGACAGUAUGCUGGAACAGCAGCUUUAAAGGGUGACUUCACGAGGACUGGUGAAAGGAAGCUAGCAGGAGUUAUGAAAGAUGGAGUUAACUCUGCAAAUAGAUACUACUUAAACCGCUUCAGGGAUGCUUAUAGGCAGGCAGUCAUAGAUUUAAUGCAGGGUAUUCCUGUGACAGAGGAUCUAUAUUCCAUAUUUACAAAAGAGAAAGAACACGAAGCCCUGCACAAGGAAAACAUGAGAAGUCAUCAGGAACUGAUUAGCCAGUUAUUGCAAAGUUACAUGAAGUUGCUUUUACCAGAUGAUGAAAAAUUCCAUGGCGGCUGGGCACUUAUUGACUGUGACCCAAGCCUCAUUGAUGCUACUCAUAAAGAUGUGGAUGUUCUUCUUCUGCUUUCUAAUUCUGCCUACUAUGUAGCCUAUUAUGAUGAUGAAGUAGAUAAAGUAAAUCAGUACCAAAGGCUGAGCCUUGAAGAUUUGGAGAGGAUAGAAAUAGGACCUGAACCAACUCUCUUUGGGAAGCCCAAGUUCUCAUGCAUGAGGCUCCAUUAUAAAUACAGAGACACAAGUGGAUAUUUCCAUACCCUUAGAGCUGUGAUGCGCAACCCUGAAGAGGAUGGAAAAGAUACUCUUCAGUGCAUUGCAGAGAUGCUGAGAAUCACAAAACAAGCCAUGGACUUAGAUGUGCCCAUUAUUGAGAAAAAACUGGAGAGGAAGAGCAGUAAACCCCACGAGGACAUCAUUGGUAUUAGAACCCAGAACAGAGGCUCCUUGUCUCAGGGGAAGAACUACUUAAUGAGCAAGUUCUCAUCUCUUAAUCAGAAAGUGAAACAAACCAAAUCCAAUGUAAACAUCAGCAACCUUAGAAAGCUGGGGAACUUUACAAAGCCUGAUAUGAAAGUCAACUUCUUAAAGCCCAAUCUGAAAGUUAAUCUUUGGAAAUCUGACAGUAGUCUUGAAACCAUGGAAAAUCCCCUGGCAGAUACUAAAGUCAACAUGGAAUCAGACAUUGAGAUUUCCUCAGAUAACGACUCAUUCCAUUCAGAUGACUUUCUUACAAAUUCUAAAUCCGAUGAUGACCAGCAGUUCAUGGACUCCUUAGAGAAUGUGGAUUACGUCCUACCUAGUUGUGGUAUCAUUGCUGCUGCUCCUCGUCUAGGCAGUCGUUCCCAGUCUAUAAACAGCAGUGACAUCAACAUUAGCAUCCCAGUUCCUUCAGAAAUCCAUGUUGCACAGUAUGGAAACCAACCUAACAAGUCUGAACCUGAAGGCAAAGCAUCUGAGGAAAUUCCUUCCACUGACAAUGCAGCAGCGGAGUUCACUAAGCCAAUUGAUGCUUAUUGCCACAGAUUUGUACAGGACGCUCACAUUAAGAUGACCAGUGUUUCAGAAAUGGAGAUUGGUUCUCAAGAAUCCCAGCAAGAAGCAGAUCAUGUUAGCAAUAAUACUCCUAACAAAACAGAACCUUCUUUGGGAAGAACUAAUGAGGCUCCUUCUAGGCCAUCAAAACUCGAUGUACCAUUUUCAGAAACGGGAUCACAGUUCUUAAAGGUUGAACAGACUAAUUCUUCUAGGUGCCUAAAUAGCCCAGGCUCUUCAUCUAGUGUUCUUGAUGUUGAGCCAGGAUUUCAUAUGACUCCUUCACCAGCAGAAAGUAACGGCAGUAGGGCAGUCUCACCCUUUGCAAAGAUCCGCAGCUCCAUGGUCCAGGUGGCUAAUAUUACACAAGCUGGUUUGACCCAAGGGAUCAACUUUGCUGUUGCUAAAGUGCAGAAGAGCCCAGUUGAACCAGAAUCUGUAAAUGAAAUUCAACCAAAUGAACUGAGAGAGAUGUUUACACAGUGUCAGACGCGAAUAAUUCAGAUCUAGAGCUCAGCUCUAAUAUCCAGUUGUACAUAUUGCUAAACAAAAGGUUUAUAACAUUACCCCUGGAGAGGAGGGGCAAACUGCCACUGAGUAUUGGUAUAAAAAUGCCAAUAACUAUGUUUACAGAAAGGUUUGAGAGAAGUUAAGUGGGUUCUGAACAGGUUUCGGAAUUAUCCUCUGGUAGCUGAGCUGGUGAAGGUUAACCGUAUUAAGCAGGUAGCUCAUACACAGGUGUCCGAUGUGCAUGCUGUUAGUCUGAGUGAUCAGUUGCACAAUUAACUCUCUGAGACCCGUUUUCAUAGGUCUUCUGAUUUAUGUAGAGUAUUUAUAGUGAGGGGCUGGUACUGAACACCUGUUACCUUAUUAAUCUUGCACUGUACCAGUGAAUAUUUUACUCACAAGAUGACAUCCUAUUUAUUUUUCAGACUAAGUUUUUUAUUUAAUUUUUAAAAUUUGUGUUCCUUGAUCUAGUUGCAUUUUUAAGGAAGGGGGGUCCCUGCAAAGGGAGGAUUUAAAUAUGUAUGCCUAAGAGUUUACUGUCCUUCCUUCUCUAACAAUUCCUUGCUUCCUCCUACCUCUGUUAAUAGCUAUGGUACUGUGGAGUAAUCUAAUAUAGUAAUAUGUAAAAUCUUGCAGGACAGCUGCUGAAAGGAGUUCCUUAUUAAUAUAUAUAUAUAAAAAUCCUUAAAAAUCUUAGUGUGUCGGGAAGGUAUUGUGUGUCUUCUGUAUUGAACUGGCUCCUUGCUCCUUACCACUUUUUUCAAGGAAAAACAAAGGUCUUUAACUUCAAAAUGCAGAAUGUCAGAUAUGUGCUAUUGUGUUCAUAUGAGGAGAUAUUAUAUUGCUUAAACACAAGUGGGAAAGCGCCAAAUAUAACAAAGAAAAACCUAGAAAUCAUACUGCUAUUUAAAACCAGAUUAAAGUGUUUCAAAACAGUUAUAGUAGAUGUAAUCUCUUGAGACCAAUUCUGGCUUUAUCACAGCAUUGGCUGGAAUGAGGUUGCAUUUAAAUGUUUGCCUUGGGAAUCUGGUUCCAAAAGUCUAAGAGGUAAAUUCCUAUAGCUCAUGCUGUUGUUUCCCAGAGCAGUCUUGUGGCUGUUAUGUAGUAGAAUGUAGCAGCAGAAACAACAUUGGAAACUGCUAUCUUGUGCUUCAUAGCCUCAGUAGUCCUUAUUCUAGAGUCAGGGUCUCUGUAUGUUAGUACAUGUGUACUAUAGCUAGACUGCACGUACUGUUCUAAGCAGUUAACAAGUGUCAUAAUGGUAGUAUGUCUUUGAGUAUCUCUACUAUAACAGAAGUGAUCAUCAACUUAACCUGAUUGUCUUUUUUUUGUCUGAUACUUUUGAUACUGUUUCCAUUUUGUUAUUUAUUUCUUACUGCUGUAAUGUGUGUUCCUUUCUUGGAGUGUCCAUAUAAAUUUGUGAGUAUAUUUAAAAUAAAAUAGCGUUGUUUUAAUGUGGGAGACCUAUGGGAAAUAUUUUAAUAAAAAAUCA